GCAAUUUGAUAAUAUUCUACAGGAAAAAGAUGAAGGGACCCCUCAAGGAAUCUAUGAGGAAGUGCCUCAUGAAAUUAGCAGCUCCAUUGUUGUUCCAACUGCAAGUAAGCGAAAGCAAAAGGAGAAAGAGCUUGUUAAAAACAAGUUGAGUAAGAAAGCUAAAUGCCCCGCUCCAAUAUAUGAGAAGGAUGAUAAAAUGAAGUUGAAUGAGAAAGAGGGCGGUUCAAAGAUGAUUGAUAAACAAAUGAAGCACUUUACCUCAACUUCGGUGCAGCCUGAGAAUAAGACUCUUAAUGGCGCGGUUCCAAUGACUCCUCGGCAACUUGUGUUCCCCCCGGUACCUGAAUUUUCAAUGAAUUUUAUGACACAUAAUCAAGGGGUGCCAAUUGUACCUGGAUAUGUUCAAUUCCCUUCGUAUGUUCAACUUCCUCCUGGAUAUGGCCAAUCUUCUUCUUAUGCUCAACUGCCACAUUCAGUAGCUGCACCAAAACCUACUCAGAGUUUAUAUGGUGGGCUUUGGAAUAAUUUGGUCCAUCCAACUGAUUAUGGGAGUUAAAAUGGUAAGUUUGGCUGAAAACAGUGUGCAUUCAGUGAAUUGGUGUUUAUUUGUAGAUUUUGAACACAAGUAGGAGUCCAAUAAGAGUUUAGCAUUUUAUUAUCCCAUUCAAACUAUGUUUAUGGGUAACUUGCUUUUAAUUAUAAUCAACUGGUAUUAAACAAGUUUGUUAGCAGUUGUGUUUGUAACAGUUAGUUUUAUUAGUGUAGUCCAUAAAGGGAAAAAAAUAGUGUAGUCCAUAAAGGGAAACAAACGAUUCAAUGAGAUUUUAGUUACUCCGUAUUUGUUACUCCUCAUAAAAUUUUCAUCAGAAUGGGGUAGAUGAGGAGAAAGAAUGAAGGGAAAAAUUAGAGCAUUGUGUUAAACACCAUUUAUGGUUCUGGACAGGAGAGAGUCCUACAUUACCGCAUUGUGUAUAGCUGAAAACAGCUUUCGAAUCCUACGUUUUUUUCUAAAUUUAUCUAUAUUGCACAUUUCCAUUAUAACUAUGUCGAAAACAGGUUGUGAUGGCAGAAUAUGUUGCAAUAUAUGUGGAGUGAUUUUAGUAUCUAUGUGUGGCGAACAAUAGGGCGCUUUUAUGUAGCUUAUUUUCAGUUACUUUAGUAUGAGAUUCAGUCAAAAAGUGGGGUUCUAUGGCAAUCUAUCGUUAAAGAAUAGUAUGUCUAUUUCUUCCAAUAAAAAGUUAUACCUGUAUUGCCAAUGUUAGUUAAUGUUGUUAUUUGUAUAUAAUGUUUCAGGUGAUAGUGAGCGGAAGGUAAUAGUGAGCGGAAUGUGGAACUGUUGGAAGACAGUACAAAAAUAGUUCUUGGGGUUUCUUUUCCUUUGAAUCUAGAUUGUCAAAGAUGUACAAAAUUUUCCAUUAUUUUGAUGCAUAUACAACAAAAGUUGUAUAAGAUUUUGAACAAGUGGAAUUGGAGUUUGACUAGAUGGAUUUGUUUUUUUUUUUUUUACAAUUGGUGGAUUUGGAAUUUAACGCUACAAUCAAUAAAAGAGAGUUGUGUACAUUUUCCCUUUUUCUCAA